AUGUCACAGUUGGAGGAGAAGAUAAAGUCGCAUCAUAGCCGCCCCUCAAAUACAUUUGACCCAGAUGUUUCUAUUGUGCUUAUGGGUUUGUCUUAUGAUGAAGAUGAAAACCUGGCUGCUAAGAUUAAGGAAGUGAUUGAGGAAGGCUGUGCUUGUGAUGACGGGGUGACGCUGGUUGCUCUGGAGAGGCUACGCGCACGAGGACCAGGCCCCGGCGUGGUGAAGGUGGCGUUUGCAUCGGCUAAGGAGAAAGUGGCUGUGCUCCGGGGCAAAACGAACUUGAAAUCCCAGGACAAGUUUAAGAAAGUCUUUAGAUCUGCAAAAUCGCAUACGGAGCGCGUAAUGGAAGAAAACUUCAAAGUGCUUCUGCAUAAUCUACCAAAUGGAUCCGACUAUUUCGUGUCGGGGAAUGGAAGGGUUCUCCGGCGCGGUGACCGAGGAGCGCGCGCCCCCGCUGCUAGCGUCCGCUCCUGCAGGUAG